GCAUCAGCUGUCAUUCAGACCGCCAAUUCAAACCGGAUUACCAUUGGAAAUUCACAAACUCAAGAAUAUAUAUUCGGAACGAGAUUCAAAGCGAUGUAUAUGUCGGAAGACGCCGAUUUGCCUGCGCUUUUUAGGAUACUAGAAUCCGGAGUACCGGUGGGACGUCCUUCCAGCUCAUCACUAUGAGCUCUGAAUGCCGCUGUAGCGAGUGAAUGCGCGAUCAGUUUUGAACCUUAAACCAGAACAUAUCACACGAACUGUUGAAGUAAAGAGGCUCAAAAGCAAUAGAUAACACUUUAGACGUAUUCGGAAGCUUAUCUCAAAGCACAUCUGUCACGCAUCCUGACUGGAGAACACACGCGCCGCUCCGAUCGCGUGACUCUCGCUCCCCACGCGCUCAUACACAGACAGACUUUAAAUUGCUGGAGUUCAGUGACAUGCAUCAACGGGGAUCGUUCGUCUCUCCGUUGCUCAGCGGUGUUUUCUGCCAGUGCCGCUCGGAGGAGUAUCAGGGCUCGGACCCCGGUGGAGGUGGUCGGACUCUGGGCUCCGCGACAUCAAUAUCCGAGCACCGCCAUGAUGAGUCCUGCGACUCCCCGCAUCACUGCCCGGUGUGCGGCGGACCCGAGCAGGAGCAUCGGCUCAAGGUGCUCUUCCAGAUCCUGGAUGUCAACGGAGACGGAGGCAUCUGUGUCAACGACCUGACCAUCGGACUGAAAAAGCUGGGGGUCCAUUGCACAGAACAUGAACUCAAGAAAAUCGUCAAGGCUGGAGACAAAGACUUGGAUGGUCAGUUGGACUUUGAGGAGUUUGUGCACUACCUGAGGGACCAUGAGAAGAAACUGAGGCUGGUCUUCAAGAGCCUUGACAAAAAGAACGAUGGUCGCAUAGAUUCACAGGAGAUCAUGCAGUCACUAAGAGACCUCGGGGUUCAUAUAUCUGAGGAACAGGCUGAAAAGAUCCUCAAGAGAAUAAGGAGGGGUUAUAUAUGUGCCUCUAUAAUGUAUAUGGAUAAAAACGGUACGAUGACGAUUGAUUGGAAUGAAUGGAGAGAUUACCAUCUGCUUCAUCCUGCUGACAACAUUCCUGAAAUCAUCCUCUACUGGAAACACUCUACGAUAUUUGAUGUAGGGGAAAGUAUGUUGGUCCCUGAUGAGUUUACGGCAGAGGAGAAGAAAACGGGGAUGUUGUGGCGACACCUGGUAGCAGGAGGUGGAGCUGGUGCAGUGUCCCGUACCUGCACCGCACCCCUGGACCGCCUUAAGGUUCUCAUGCAGGUUCAUGCGUCACGCAGCAACUCCAUGGGCAUCGCCGGAGGAUUCACCCAAAUGAUCCGUGAGGGUGGACUUCGGUCGCUGUGGCGAGGGAAUGGUAUCAACGUUUUGAAGAUCGCGCCUGAAUCUGCUAUCAAGUUCAUGGCGUAUGAGCAGAUUAAGCGGCUGAUUGGCAGCAAUCAGGAGACGUUGGGAAUCCUGGAGAGGCUGGUUUCUGGGUCUCUAGCAGGAGCUAUUGCUCAGAGCAGCAUCUACCCCAUGGAGGUUUUAAAAACUCGUCUUGCCCUGGGAAGGACGGGUCAGUACUCUGGUAUGAAGGUCUGUGCUAAACAUAUAUUUAAGAAGGAGGGACUGAAAGCCUUCUAUAAAGGUUAUAUUCCCAAUAUGUUGGGAAUCAUCCCUUAUGCGGGAAUAGACCUGGCUGUUUAUGAGACAUUGAAAAACUCGUGGCUGCAGAGGUUUGCUACAGACAGUGCCGAUCCGGGUGUGUUUGUGCUGCUAGCCUGUGGUACAAUGUCUAGUACUUGUGGACAGUUAGCAAGCUACCCAUUAGCCUUAGUGAGGACACGAAUGCAGGCUCAAGCUACUCAGGAAGGCAGCCCACAGAUGACCAUGACUGGUCUCUUCAGACACAUUGUACGGACAGAGGGCGCUAUUGGACUCUAUAGAGGCUUGGCACCCAACUUUAUGAAGGUCAUUCCUGCUGUUAGCAUCAGCUAUGUGGUGUAUGAGAACCUAAAGAUCACCCUUGGCGUCCAGUCCCGGUGAGGGGAACCCAAAGACUGUUCAAAUCCUUAAUGUCUUUUGUUUUUCCUCUCAACUUUUCUUUUGGACUACUGAAAGAGAUCGUCCAGGAUGGCCAGUUUGCACUCGAGGAGAAGUGUAGCAACAGUCGGCCAAGAAAGAGCUUGCAUGAGGGGAAGACUAGAGGUUUGACUUUAUUCAGUGAAUGGAAGUGUAACUGGAAUAUAUGAGACCAGGGACAUGCAUAGAAAAUACCUCCGCAUUAAAUACAAUCCUAGCUGUAAGUAAAAUGUGAACAUCUCAAAUAGCGACUGUAUUGGAGCCAGACACUCCCUUAUUCCACCCCUGAGGUCAUGGGGUUGCGUUUGCUAUAUUUUAGUAGGAACCAAUUAUAUGCAAGACAUUUUGAAAAACUACUUUAUGGAAAAGAAGGGCCAAACACCUGAUGGAUUCAAAGAGCCAGAUUUACUAAAGCAUUUAGUAUAUGCAAAUUUCCUUUAAGAAAAUAACACUGCAUCCAUUAAUUAACUCAUUUAAACUGCACAACUGAAAUUUAAUGUGCUAAAGGCCUUAGUAGAUGCAAUGCUAAUAAUAAUCCUGGUGUAGUCCCUUCAGAUCACUGAAUCAUCAUUCCACUGGAUGGCAGUGUUCAGUAAUAAAGAGCUGACUGGGCUAGACACAAAUUUGUUACAAGAUCACCCACAUACUUGCAUUUCGCUGGCAUCAUUUACUGCUUGUAUUAUUAUAUGAUUUAUUCCCUUGUAUUAUUACAUUAAUUGACAUGCCAGUUUUCACAUCUUGAAAGGGAUAGUGUGUAACAAGGGAAAUAUUUGCAAUAUAUGUUUUAUUCAUCAAAUUGUCCCUCAAAUUGUUGAGGACUUUUCAUUGUCAAUUUAUUAUUUUUUUUAAUUUUGUAUAUUACAUUUAAAUUGAAGGUUACUAUAAAAAAAAAGACUUUAUAAAAUUAAAAACACUAUGUAUGUGCACACACUCCCCAUGGUGACUGGCAGCUAAUCAAGUGUCAUGUAAACAAGUGUUUUAACGCUUCGGGUCAGUUUUAAAAUAAAUCUGUGUGUGGAUCCAAUGUAAAAUGACCUGGGUUUGAGAAUUCAGCACCUGCUUUAAUGCAGUGGGCGGAGUUCUGUGUCUAGAUAGACACUGUCAGGUCUUAAGUUGAAGAAAGCAGUGCUACAGAUUGAUUUGUUUUUACAUUCAAACAAUUCUUGUUCAUAAAUUGAUCAAUUAUCUGCAGUGUAAAUACAGUUUCUCACCAGUAUUAGUUUGCAAGGAUUUCAAACAUAACUAUAACACUCUGAUUUAAACUCUAGUUGAGGGACAUAUUUAAGCACUUUAUUUUAAUAAAAAUAAACCAGACUUGAAUUUUUAGGAGGAUUUACAAUGGAAUGAUAGUGUUCAGUAAUCGUAGUGGUUGUGAUUUAAGCAAAUAUUAUUUUUCAGCAUUUAUGUUUAAUGUUUGUAUCAGGUUGGGGGGUUUAUGUAAAGGAAACACUAAAAAGGUACAAUAUAGGUUAGGAUCACUUUUGAAAAAAAUGUAUUUGACUCUACUUUGCAGCAGUAGGCAAGUAUCUUGUAUAUUUGCAUAUGACAUAUUUCAGGAUUGGCACCCUCAUGUGCAUUUUGACGGACAAGGAGAAAAUAAGUUGCCCUUACAGCUAUUGCAUGGGAAGUCCUAAAACCCACCAGUUCAAUGGGUUGUUGCCCUUUGUAAUUCUACAAGACCGUAGUGUUCAUAUAGUUGCCUUAUUUAUGAAUAAAAAAAGCUGCUUUUGGACUAUUAUACAGGGCGUUAAUGUCUGACUGAAAUAUAUUUCUAAUGAUUUGAUUCUCAGGGACAAUUCAGUGGUCUCAGAUACUCUUGUGCAGAUGAGACUUCUGAAACUCUUCUCCAUUGAGAUCUGGAACAGAUAUCUGCAUGUUUGUAACUUGUAUGGAGAGUUUGUGCAGGCCUAGGAUCAGUUGGUCUUUCUCAAGCCUCAUGAAAAUGACUUGGAUGAGUGAAAAACAGCAAAUACCCUUCUGUGUCCCAAUGGUGGUUAAACUAAGCUCAGCUGUGGCCCGAUUCCCUUUGAAUCAAUUCAGUCUUUGUAACGCAUGUAUGUGUGUCUUGUUUGAAUAUGCACAAAUUGCACUGUGGAGUCUUUACAGGGCUUUAAAAGCUGUAUUGCCUGCCUCGUAAUGGAUGCAGCUUGUUUUUGUUUUUUUGCAUUUUGCACCUUUUUUUUUCACUGUUUCUCACAGGAGAAAUCUUUGGACUCCUCUGGACUUGUGAGCUCGACCCAUUAGAGUGGUUGUCCUGAGACUAAAGGCUUUAGAUUGUGUGUGUUUGUGGCGUUCAACACAAUCGAGGAAUGCCGCCCUUUGAGACUGCCUGUAAUCUAUUGCCUUACUGUUCAUGCACCACGUUUUGCCACAUGUAUAUCAAUAUGUGCUGUUGCUGGGGUCCCCCGAGUAUCGUAAACAUACACACUAAUAAAAUAUCCAAAUAUUUGUGCUGCAAAACAUAUCUAGAUGUGAUGACACAUCUGUGAAGGUUUAGUUGAGAUGUGCAAAUCAAUGUUCAUGGGACAAAAAUGGAAAUAAAAAUCUACGUCCUCUAGAAUGCAGAAACUGAAUGUAGAGCGCAAAUAUUUAUGUUUGUAAAAUAACUGUUAAAUAAAGUUAUUCUUCAUUAUGUUCAUUGAA